CCCUCUCCACAAGGAGUUGCACAACCACUUCCUUCACUCACAGCUUCCCUGCGGUGUAGAAAAGUUUGGAGGAGAAAAAAAAAAAAAACAAUCAAGAAAACAUGUCUGCACUGAACAGAAAGAUCGUUAACACCACUUCCGCCCCGGCUGCCAUUGGCCCAUACAGCCAGUCGGUGGUUGUGGACAGAACGAUGUACAUCUCUGGUCAGCUGGGGUUGGAUGUGGCUUCUGGUCAGCUGGUAGAUGGAGGGGUGAAGGCCCAGGCCAAACAGGCUCUCAUCAAUAUGGGGGAGAUCCUUAAAGCUGCUGGCUGUGACUACACAAAUGUGGUGAAGACGACUGUGCUGCUCGCUGAUAUAAACGACUUCAACAGCGUCAACGAGGUCUACAAAACAUUUUUCAGCAGCAACUUUCCUGCCAGAGCUGCCUAUCAAGUGGCUGCUCUCCCAAGAGGUGGACUGGUGGAAAUUGAGGCAGUUGCUGUUAUCGGUCCUCUCUCAGACUCCUGACUAGCCGGCCACGUCCCAAAUAAGUUGUAGUCUAACCAUCAAGUGACCCUCUAGUUGUACAGUGGAAGCCUUAUUUUUUUCCAGAUGAAACAUGAAAGACCAAACUAGGCUCUUGUUGGCUUUCUUUUUCCAUAUAGUCAGAUUUUAGCUUGAAUUAGUUUCUCCUCUAGCCACUGUAGAUGGUUGAUGGCACUGAACUAUUUUCAGUAUUAUACCACUUAAACCCUUAAGAACAGAGCAGCACUUAAUUGAGCAGCAUUUGGUUUCUGGCUAAUGGAAAUUUCACACCUGACACACUGUAGGUAAAACAAAAUGAUAAAGUGAGACUGUAUCUGUGCAAUCAGUCUAACAUUCCCUGAUCACAUUGGCCAGAUUCAGGUUCAAAUCAACUUCCUCUUGGUGCUGUUUCUGGUUGAUCUCUCAUCUUCUGUUUUGUUCCAAGUAAAUAUUUUAACACAUUUAAAAAGUGCAGCUCUCACUAAUAAAAGAAUGUCGUAAAAA